GAGAAUAAACUAUGCUCCAAGUUCACUUUUUUGAAUGUGGAGUUAGGUCUAAAUAACUAUGAUAAAAGUGGACUCAUACUUUGAUAAACUUCCUGCCUGCAUCAGAAAACCAGGUGAAAGGGAAACAUAAAUAGCAGCCACACCUUUACCUAACCUGCCGUCUCUGAGAGUAGCUCGGCACAAGGCGUUUUGCUGCGUCAUUCAGUCACUCACUGAUCUCUACACCUGGAUGGUAUACGUAGACAGUGUGAUACAAUACUUCAUCUUCUCCUGGCAUUGUGGAUACCAAGUUUAGUGUGAGGACAGACGCUGGGAGACGAGAAGCAAGUACAGGGAGUGAAGAUAUAAUGGAUAAACGGACAUGAAAAAAAAACAAGAUCAAUGUCUGGACGGAGAACAAAACAACAUUAAUGCAGACAUGGUGAAGAAAAGGAGGAAGUGACAGAUAUAGGGGAGGCAAUCAAUAAGGGUCAAGCUAUGUCCACUCCGGUUCCUCAGGGGGUUCUACGGCCUGUUCUGAUUGGCUGUUUUUUUAUGGCAUGCUUCGUGGGAAUAUUCUUAAUUUACUACAAACCCCAGAUCAAGUUCCUUUCAUGCCCUACUGACCAGGCAUUCCACGAGGGGAAGGCUGGUUGUUCUCCUUGCCCUCAAGUAAGUAUGGCAGGGAACCACACAGGGCAAAAAACACACCAUGCACAGACAGCCAUUCAGGCCGAUGAUGACGGAGACACAGACACUAUCAUUUUGAUCUGGAUGUGGCCAUUUGGUCAUGCCUUUGACAUAGACUCUUGUGCCUACUUUAACAUCAAAGGCUGUCACCUAACAGUGGAUAAAAACCUUUACAGCAAGGCGCACGGUGUCGUAUUCCACCAUAGAGACAUCCAUGGAGACCUGAAGAACAUGCCCCAAGAGCAACGUCCAUGGUUCCAGAAAUGGGUGUGGUGGAAUGCAGAAUCACCGGCUAACACAAACAGGAUCCCUGGUGUUGACCACUUGUUCAAUUUGACUGCCAGUUAUCGACUGGAUUCUGAUAUCAAGGUUCCAUAUGGGUCGCUUGUCGAGGUAACCAGUGAGGAUAAAAUCUUUGAGCUACCCAAGAAGGACAAAUUAGUCUGCUGGGUAGUGAGCAACUGGAACCCAAACUACAAGAGGGUACAGGUGUUCAACGAGCUCAGUAGGCAUGUCAAAGUAGAGGCCUAUGGGAGACAUUUUAGUAGAUACCUAGAAAACGAAGACUACUCAAAGACGCUGUCCAGCUGUAAAUUCUACCUGGCAUUUGAAAACUCCAUCUACAAAGACUAUGCUACAGAGAAGCUGUUCAACGCUAUGAAGUUGGGAGCAGUGCCCGUUGUUCUAGGUCCAUCCAGGGACAACUAUGAGCAAUUUAUCCCAAGGGACUCUUUCAUCCAUGUGGAUGAUUUCUCCUCUACAAAGGAGCUGGCAAAGAAGCUUCUCUUUCUCGACCAGAACGAGGAAGAAUACAUGAGUUACUUCACCUGGCGAAAGAACUUUAAAGCCCAUCGGUGGUGGUUUGGACUUGAGCACGCCUGUCGCUCAUGUGAUUACAUUAGAAGAAAUAAAGGAUACAAAACUUUUCAUAAUCUAAAUAAAUGGUUUUGGGGCUAAGUGACACAUUUGUAGUGAGACAUUUCCAUGUAAAAGGACCUAUAAGCACCAACCUGUGAAGUUCAAUCAAUACAAUGUUUUAUAAUGCCAUUUUUACAUCUGCAGUUGUCACAAAAUGCUUCUACAGAAACUGAAUCUAAAACCCCAAAAAGCAAGCAAUAUAGAAGCACGCUGGCUAGGAAAAACUCCCUAGAAAGGCUGGAACCUAGGAAGAAACCUAGAGAGGAACCUGGCUUUGGUUGUGGCGGGUGGAGAUUAUAAGAGUACAUGGGCAUUAAGGCCAGAUCAAACAUAUAUAGGCGACCAGUAGGGUCAAAUUCUAAUUAUAGUGGUUAUAGAUGUCCAGGAUAAUGUAGCGUGAACGGGUCAGGGUUCCAUAGCCACAGACAGAACAGCAGAAAGUGGAUCAGCAGCACGACAAGGGAGUCCGUCCGGUGCACAGGUCAGGGUUGCAUAGCUGCAGGCAAACAGCAGAAGCUGAAUCAGCAGCACAACCAGGUGUUUCUGGUUCUCAAGUACCCCCAGCAGUACACAUUUUCAUUGGAACACUGGACAAACACACCUCAUUCAAAUCAUUGAGGGCUUGAUGAUUAGUUGACAAGUUGAAUCAGGUGUGCUUGUCCAUGGUUACAAUAAAAAUGUGUACUGUUGGGGGUACUGGAGGGCCAGGGUCGGGAAACACUGACUUAAAACACAAAACCAAAUCUAUAUCCAUUGGAGUUGCUUACCAAUGGAUAUAGAUUACCAAGAAAACAGUGAAUGUUCCUGAGUGACCGAGCUACAUUUUUGACUUAAAUCUACUUGAAAAUCUAUGGCAAGCCCUGGAAAUGGUUGUCUAGAAAUAAUCAACAACCAAUUUGACAGAGCUUGAAGAAUGUUUAAAAGAAUAAAUGGCAAAUGUUGCACAAUCCAGGUGUGGAAAGCUCUUAACCCUUGUUCACAAUGCAGGCCUUAAUGCUCUAAUCUGUUUUGGAAUACUGACUCUCCAAACAGCAAGUUACAAGUGACCAAAUCAGAUCUAUGUGUGUUCAGACAGCAGUCAUUUGCUGACAAGGCUAUGCUAGUUGUCAUAGUAAUGACAGGUGUGUGUGUGUGAGAGCAGUAGUGUAGGCUGAUUGGUAGUAGUGCUUCCUUUCACUCAGAAUUUGUAUAGCAAGCUAAAGUGACAACAAUGCCUGCCAUGGACGUUUCCCAGUUGAUUUGAAUGUUUAAAAUCAGAGUGGAAGAACACUUUUAAAGCCUCAAAGGAUAAGAUGAUCCAACUUGUCAAACUGUCAACUGAGUAGCUAGCAAGCAACAAGAUAUGCCAAAUAACAGUCUAAAAAGCACUUGAGGGCAUAUAAAUCACAAGUCACAUGGCCAGGAAUCCGAUUUGUAUCUUUUAUUUAAAAAUAUAUAUAUUUCACCUUUAUUUAACCAGGUAAGCUAGUUGAGAACAAGUUCUCUUUUACAACUGCAAACAUGGCCAAGAUAAAACAAAGCAGUGCGACACAAACAACAACACAUGGAAUAAACAAGCGUACAGUCAAUAAUACAAUAGAAAAAAAGAAACUCUAUAUACAGUGUGUGCAAGUGGCGAGAGGAGGUAAGGCAAUAAAUAGGCCAUAGUAGCGAAGUAAUUACAAUUUAGCAGAUUAACACUGGAGUGAUAAAUGAGCAGAUAAUGAUGUGUAAGUAGAAAUACUGGUGUGCAAAAGAGCAGAAAGUAAAUAAAAACAAUAUGGGGAUGAGGUAGGUAGAUUGGGUGGGCUAUUUACAGAUGGACUAUGUACAGCUGCAGCGAUUGGUUAGCUGCUCAGAUAUCUGACUUCAAACCACCUACGAAGGCUGUUCAGAUUGCGGGAAAAAUAACAGAUUCAAAUCGGAUAAGCAAAUAAAUAUGAUUUGGGACACUUCAUACUUCAUACCCAAACAUGGGGCGGCAUUGUAGCCUAGUGGUUAGAGCGUUGGACUAAUAACCGGAAGGUUGCGAGUUCAAACCCCUGAGCUGACAAGGUACAAAUCUGUUGUUCUGCCCCUGAACAGGCAGUUAACCCACUGUUCCCAGGCCGUCAUUGAAAAUAAGAAUUUGUUCUUAACUGACUUGCCUGGUUAAAUAAAGGUAAAAAAAAAAAAAAAAAAUACUGCCAAAGUGAACAUUGCUUUAGAGACCUACCCAGAAAGUCACAUAGCUGUAUAUCACUGCCAAAGGUGCUUCUACAAAGUAUUGACUCAGGGAUGUGAAUAAUUAUGUAAAUGAGAUAUUUCUGUAAUUAAUUUUCAAUUCAAAAAUAAUAUAUUUGUCAUUAUAGGGUAUUUUUUGUAGAUUGAGGGAAAAAAUAUAUUUAAUCAAUUUUGAACUUCAGCUGUAACACUAUUUUUGUUUAAAAUAAAUAAAUAAAUAAAUAUAUAUAAGUCAAGGGGUAUGAAUACUUUCUGAAGACACUGGGCCCUUUCCAAAGUUACCCCUAGACAGGGCAAACCACACCCGAUUUUCCAAAACACAACCCCCACACCAACAUAGGGAUAACAACAGACCACUAACUUACUACCCUGAGACAAGGCCAAGUAUAGCCCACAAAGAGUACAGGAAGGAUGGGAGAGCUCAAGCAAGCCAGUGACUCAGUCCCCGCAAUAGGGUCAGAAGAAGAGAAUAGUACAGGUAGCCAUUUAAUUAGCUGUUCAGGAGUCUUACAGCUUGGGGGUAGAAGCUGUUAAGAGGCCUUUUGGACCUAGACUUACCGCUUGCCGUGCGGUAGCAGAGAGAACAGUCUAUGACUGGGGUGGCUGGAGUCUUUGGCAAUUUUUAGGGCCUUCCUCUGACACGCCUGGUAUAGAGGUCCUGGAUGGCAGGAAGCUUGGCCCCAGUCAUGUACUGAGCCGUACGCACUACCCUCUGUAGUGUCUUAUGGUCGGAGGUCGAUCAGUUGCCUUACCAGGAGGUGAUGCGACCGUUCAGGAUGCUCUCGAUGUUGCAGCUGAUCUGAAGACCCAUGCCAUAUCUUUUCAGUCUCUUGAGGGGGAAAACACAUUGUUGUGCCCUCUUCAUGACUGUCUUGGUGAUAGUUUGUUGGUGAUGUGGACACCAAUGUGGACACCAAACUCUCAACAUGCUCAUGUAAUGUAAAAUGUGUCCACAUACAUAAUGCAAUGUAAAAUGCUGUCCACAUACAUCAUGCAAUGUAAAAUGCUGUCCACAUACAUAAUGUAAUGUUACAUGUGUCCACAUACAUCAUGUAAUGUAAAAUGCUGUCCACAUACAUAAUGUAAUGUAAAAUGAUGUCCACAUACAUAAUGUAAUGUAAAAUGAUGUCCACAUACAUCAUGUAAUGUAAAAUGCUGUCCACAUACAUAAUGCAAUGUAAAAUGCUGUCCACAUACAUCAUGCAAUGUAAAAUGCUGUCCACAUACAUAAUGUAAUGUUACAUGUGUCCACAUACAUAAUGUAAUGUAAAAUGAUGUCCACAUACAUCAUGUAAUGUAAAAUGAUGUCCACAUACAUAAUUUAAUUUAAAAUGCGUCCACAUACAUAAUGUAAAAUGCUGUCCACAUACAUAAUGUAAUGUAAAAUGCUGUCCACAUACAUAAUGUAAUGUAAAAUGAUGUCCACAUACAUAAUGUAAUGUAAAAUGCGUCCACAUGCAUAAUGUAAUGUAAAAUGCUGUCUACAUACAUAAUGUAAUGUAAAAUGCUGUCUACAUACAUAAUGUAAUGUAGAAUGCUGACUAUUAACAUGAUGACGCUGUUCUCUAUUGUUAGAAUUGGAAUGGAGGUGAGAAAAAAAUGCCUGCAAAAAAUAGGGUAAAUACAAUAAAACAUUUUUUUUAAAGUAUUUAGUGGAUUUGAAAAUCAAGUUUACAAAAUUAAUGUUUUGACAGCCUCACAGGAGCCACAUCAGAUCAGUUCAGAAAUUGCCCUCAUUCACCAAUGCCCAUAUAGGAGAUUGGGCCAUUGUCGUUUUUCUGCUGGUCAAACAGAGCAAUCAUUUUGCAUGUAUGUUUUUGCAUUGUUUACCUACCAGCACAAAACAAAAUAAACCAUACAACCUUACUGCACAGCAUAGACGAGUGGCACAGCGGUCUAAGGCACUGCAUCUCAGUGCAAGAGUUACUUCAAACUACAGUUCCUGGUUUGAAUCCAGGCUGCAUCACAUCCGGCCAUGAUUGGGAGUCCCAUAGGGUGGUGCACAAUUGGCCCAGUUUUGUCCAGGUUCGGCCGCCUUUAUAAAUAAUAAUUUGUUCUUAACUGACUUGCCUAGUUAAAUAAAGUUCAAAUGUAAAAAAUAAAUAAA